UUUGUACACUGUCACCACGUUGACUAACGUCACUUCCGCGCCAAAGUGCGCGCGGUUUGACUUUUGUCAACCAAAACACAGAGAGGACUAGAGACGAACAAGAAGGCUAACAGGAUGCGUCGGUCAGCAGCUCCAAGUCAGCAAGGCAACUUGGCCAAAAAGAUGCGCUUUGUACCUCCUGUGGCUCGAGGAGUUCCUCCUUGUCCGAGUCCUGACACUCCUGAACAUUGCACACUGCCUCUACAGCCCAAACCCACGCUCACUAACGCAAUUAACACGGUGCAGACACCGGUCAGCAGGAGAGCGUGUGAGCCUCAGGUGUCAGGAGCCUUGGCGCGGGUGCUCAGUGUGGUACCAGUCUCUGAGAAGAGCACAGAUGCACCGUCUGAGGAGGAGGAGGAGAACACACACGCUCGUGUGGAGGAUGAGAAGCACCUCGCCCCUCACACCCCCCAGGCCCCCCAGAGCCGACCCAUCAGCAUACAGACGUCCCCCACAGAGCGGUACCUCAGCGUCAUGUGGUGCAAGGCGUCCAACAGGAAGCAUAAGCGCUGGGAAGGGGAUGCUGUCCUGGUUGCCAAGGGGCGCAGUGUCCUGCUGAAAGACAUGGAGGGGAAGGAUAUUGCUCGAGGCUCUGGCUACAAGGCGUCAGAGCUGGAGAAUCUGGCUGAAGGUGAAACCUUGAUGGUUUCUGGGAAGCAGAUUGAGGUCAUGGGGGUCAUCUCUGCGGAGGACUAUGCCACGGGCCGCUGCUUCCAGGAAGUGUCCGCCGUCACCUCCACAGUGCCCGUGCUCGAGUCAGCUGUUGCCAGGUCAACGGCAAAGCCCUUCUCUCGCCCGUCUCUGAAGGGUGGAGUCGCAAAAUCCAAAGAGCCGGAGAGAGAGAUACAGCCCCGACAUAACCCAAAUGCACCAGGUGCUCUAGUGAUGCCUCGCCCCCCAGCCAAUCACCAGUGGCUCUGGAAUAAAGGUGGCCUCCCAUUGGUAGAUGUGGUGAUGGACCCUCAUCUGACCGCUCGUCUGCGGCCGCACCAGAGAGAGGGGGUGAUCUUCCUCUAUGAGUGCAUCAUGGGAAUGAGACUGUCGGGGCGCUGCGGUGCGAUCCUGGCGGAUGAGAUGGGCCUGGGGAAGACUCUGCAGUGCGUGAGCCUGCUGUGGAUGCUGCUGCGGCAGGGCCCGUACGGGGGCAGGCCCGCCAUCACCCGCGCCCUCGUCGUCGCCCCCGGCAGCCUGGUCAAGAACUGGGGCGCCGAGUUCAACAAGUGGCUCGGACGAGAGCGCCUUCGCGUCUACAUGGUGGACCAGGACCACCGUGUGGAGGAGUAUGUGUCGUCUCCGGUGUGUCCGGUGAUGGUGGUGAGCUAUGAGAUGGUGCUGCGCUCGCUGAGCUCGCUGCAGAAGCUGGACUUCGGCCUGCUCAUCUGUGACGAGGGACAUCGCCUCAAGAACACCAGCAUCAAAACCACCAGCGCCCUACACACACUCUCCUGCACCAGGAGAGUCAUACUGACGGGGACUCCUGUGCAAAAUGACCUUCAAGAGUUUUACGCCAUAGUUGAGUUUGUGAAUCCAGGCGUUCUGGGAUCUUCAGCCGGAUACAGGAAGAUUUAUGAGGAGCCAAUCAUUCACUCCCGCCAGCCUUCCUGCACUCCGGAGGAGCGCGCGCUGGGAGAGGAGCGGGCGGCGGAGCUGUCUCGGCUGACCGGCGUGUUCACCCUGCGGAGGACGCAGGAGAUCAUCGGGCGCUACCUGCCGGGCCGCGUGGAGUGGACGCUGUUCUGCGGGCCGACGCCGCUGCAGAGCCGGCUGUACGCGCAGCUGUUGAGCACGCGGGCCGUGCGCUCCUGUCUCAGCACCUCCUCCUCCUCCACCACGCCGCUCAGCAAGAGCAGCACGCACUUCGCCUGCAUCAGCGCCCUCAAGAAGCUCUGCAACCACCCCGGACUGCUCUACAACACCAUGAAGAAGGAUAGCACAGAGGGUUCUGUGUGUGAGGGCCUGUCAGCGGAGCUGUUCCCUGCAGCCUACAGCAGCGGCACGUUCGGCACGGACGAGUCGGGGAAACUCCUGGUGCUGUGUGACCUCCUGGCAGCUGUGCAGCACUACAACUCCACAGACAGGGUGGUGUUGGUCUCCAACUACACUCAGACUCUGGAUCUGCUCCAAGAUAUGUGUGUUCAUCUCGGAUACACAUGCUGUCGCCUGGACGGUAGCACCCCGGUGUCCAAGCGGCAGAACCUGGUGGACUCUUUCAACAAGCCGAGCUCAGACAACUUCCUCUUCCUGUUAAGCUCCAAAGCUGGAGGGGUGGGCCUUAACCUGGUGGGCGCCUCCCACCUCGUGCUCUACGACAUUGACUGGAAUCCUGCCAAUGACAUUCAGGCAAUGGCACGUGUGUGGAGAGAUGGACAAAAGAAGACUGUUCACAUCUACAGGCUUCUGACCACAGGUACGAUAGAGGAGAGGAUCUACCAAAGGCAGGUGUGUAAGCAGGGUUUGUCAGGUGCAGUAGUUGACCUUGGGAAAGGGGCUGAUCACAUCAGCUUCUCUUCUGAGGACCUCCGCGACCUUUUCACCUUUGAAACCAAAACAACGUGCCUUACACACCAGCUCCUGGACUGCCGCUGUGCAGGAGACGGAGAGAUACAAUGUUUACCAGAAGAAGAGACCACACUGGCGGAGCGGUCCUGUCAGUUGGGCCGUCGUGCCGACAAUGUGAACAUUCCACAGCGGGUUAGCAUGUCUGAGCUCAUGCAGUGGAGACACUACUCAGGAGACAACCAAUCGUAUGGAGAUGUUUACCUAGACCAUGCCCACUCACACAUCACCUAUGCCUUCCAGAGUAUCAGCACCGAAACGCAACUGUCAAGGUAGCACAAGCAGACAGACUUGGACAUAACUGUAUCCCACAAUGCCUUUGUUCAUUCGCACACAGAAAUGUUCACUCACAAAUAGACACGCAUUGUGCAAAUAUCCAUUCUAUACAGGUGUGUAUAUGUCCACUGUCCAUAAGUACGUGUUAUCAUUUAUUUUGCACUAUUUCCUUGAGCCACAUCUGAAAGCAGCUCAGAAAUGUUGUUAUUAAAAUAGAUAAGUACCUACGUACAGUACAUAUGCACACACAUACACACAGAUAUUGUCAUAUUUUUAGUGAUGAACUGUUUUCCUUUUUAUUUGUCACCAUUAAUAAAUAUUAAGAGAUUUGAA